UACAUGACUUGAAGGCGCUGAAUGUAACAGUCAGUGGUGAUCAGUGGUGGACACUUUCACUGACUUGACAUGUUUUUACCAUGGCGAGAAGAGAGACGGCGGAAGAGUGGGCUAGCGCUAACUGGAUUAGGAUUAGCACUGUCACCGUGUAACCCUGAAGAGACUUGGUGAUCUGACCUGGAUUUUUCCUCCAAGUGCUACUGUAGUUAGCCAACUUGCUAACUUAAUCGGAGAAAUUCUGCUUAUUGACAGGCAUACCUAUCAUUUUUCAACUUUUCACCAAGAUUCCUCGAAGAAGGGGGUCGAUUCAGAAACUUCAAGCAAUUUUAACCUUUAGUUUGUUAUAGAAUUCCUGCUCAUAAAUCACGAAUGUAUCCGGUGUUUCUAUUGUCUAGAUACAUUGUAACUCUACCCAAUGAUGCGUUCAACAAGUUUUCAAUAUGAUCUAAAGUGACAAACUGUAGUUUAAUCAACGACAUGGUUGGUUGUGAUUCCGUUUUCUUAUAAUCUACUUUGCAAUGCAAACGUGUCGACGACAUUCAAGGACCAACUCCUUGAAUUAAGAGACAACAUUAACUCGGGAUCUUGAUAGGCUACCCAUCAGACCAUGGCACUUUGCGGGCGAAGAAAUCGGUCAAAAGUUAUUGUUGGCAUCCUCUGUGUGUCUGUAGUUGGAUAUUUCGUGUUUCUGAAACAUAACGGAAACGAUGUCGGGGUGGCAAGCCGACGUGGGUUGUCUACCAAUGGACAAGAAGACACGGAAUACGAAAAGUUAAGGAGCCCAGUUUACGAUAAACCACCAUUGGAUAUGAGUGCGCUGGGGGAGAUGGGACGAGCUGUAAAGUUAGACUUGGCUGGAGAAGAGAAGAAGAAAGAAGAGGAGAGUAUCAGCAAACAUCAGAUUAACACCUACGUGAGCGACAAAAUAUCCCUUCAUCGAAGAUUGCCCGAGAGAUGGAAUCCUCUCUGUACGGACCUGAAGUAUGACUACCGCUCGCUGCCCUCGACGUCAGUGGUGAUCGCCUUCUACAACGAGGCGUGGUCCACUCUGCUGCGCACGGUGCACAGUGUGCUGGAGACCUCGCCUGACCUGCUUCUGCGAGAGGUCAUCUUGGUGGACGACUACAGUGACCGAGAACAUUUGAAGGAGCCCCUGGAGCGGUACUUGUCAGACCUGCGCAAGGUGCGGCUGGUCCGCGCCCGCAAGCGCGAGGGCCUGGUCCGCGCUCGGCUCCUGGGGGCCUCCAUCGCCACGGGCGACGUGCUCACCUUCCUGGACUGCCACUGCGAGUGCCACGACGGCUGGCUGGAACCCCUCCUGCACAGGAUCAUGGUGGAGCCUACGGCAGUGGUGUGUCCGGUCAUCGACGUUAUUGACUGGAACACCUUCCAGUAUCUAGGCAACCCUGGCGAGCCUCAGAUCGGCGGGUUUGAUUGGCGGCUGGUGUUCACCUGGCACCCAGUGCCAGAAUAUGAGCAGAAACGACGCAGCUCCCCGACAGAUGUCAUCAGGUCUCCCACUAUGGCUGGAGGUCUGUUUGCCGUCAGUAAGAGCUACUUCCACUACCUGGGUACAUAUGACACCGGCAUGGAGGUGUGGGGAGGAGAGAACCUGGAGUUCUCCUUCAGGAUCUGGCAAUGUGGAGGCUCGCUGGAGAUCCACCCCUGCUCCCACGUGGGCCAUGUCUUCCCCAAGAAGGCCCCCUAUUCGCGCAGCAAGGCUCUGGCCAACAGCGUGCGGGCCGCCGAGGUCUGGAUGGACUCCUACAAGGACCUGUACUACCACAGGAACCCCCAUGCUCGCCUGGAGGCGUACGGAGACGUGACGGACAGACGGAAGCUGCGGGAGCAGCUGGGAUGUAAGGACUUCAGGUGGUUCCUGGAGAACGUCUACCCGGACAUUCACGUUCCGGAGGAUCGAGCCGGAUUUUUCGGAAUGCUGAAGAAUCGAGGCAUGGCCAACUACUGCUUCGAUUACAACCCGCCUGAUGAUCACAACGUGGUGGGCCACCGCAUCAUCCUCUACCCUUGCCAUGGCAUGGGCCAAAACCAGUUCUUCGAGUACUCGACAGACCACGAGAUCCGCUAUAACACACGGGAACCAGCAGGGUGCGCUGUGGCCGACUCGGUCUCCACCUUCCUGACGGUGCACCUGUGCAGGAAACCCCGGCAACCCGUUCCACAGGAGCAGCAGUUUGUGCUCAGAGAGGACGGGAGCCUGUACCACGUCCAGUCUCAGAAGUGCGUCCAGGCCGUGGCCAAGAUCGACAACGGCGGCCCGGGACCCGCCCUCAGGCCCUGCCUCGACGUGCCCCACCAGAAGUGGUUCUUCGAGGAGCGGUCGUAGAGGGGCGCGUGAAGUGGACCGGGCCCGGAGAGUGGAGUCCAUCUCAGGCUGGACCGAACCACUCAAGAGCCACGCCACCCAGGGGCAUUGAGGCAGAGGACGAAGAUGAGGACGACGAAGAGGGAACACAUGCGCCCUCUCUUACCUUUAGGGCUGUGUGUGCUGGAUCUCAGUCCCUGUAUGAUUCGGGGACACUAGACACAGCCUAGCAUUAACACCUGCAAUAGGUAGCAACACUCACAGAAAAGAUACACCUUCAAAAAUAAGUUUUACAAGUAUGACUUUUUCAGACUGCAGAAGAUUGUUAUUUUGUGGUAAUUUAUCAUUGUGAUUUUUUUUUUAAUGACACUUUUUAUGACAUAAGAAUCAACAUAUAUUUAUGUACGUUUUAAAACAAAAUGUCUUUUAUCGCAGUGCAGUGACAUAGGCAGUGAUAGGCUGGAUAAUUUACACCUUAUACCUCUUGGAAAGGUCUCUCCGUGGAGGAGCAACAAUCUCAAACCGUCUUCAUGUGGAAAUAAUAUCUUUCAUAAAGCAGGAAGUCACUAUUCUCUGCUGCAACUACUGCACAGACCACACUCCAUCAUGUAGAAGGCUCAGUCUUUGCGUUCAAAGUGCAUCCUUUCAUUCACGGCAGUGCAGUGUAGUACGCAGUCUCUGACCAACAUAUGGUUUUGUACUACCGUAUGUAGUGCACCGUGAAUGACUAGAUGUUCUGAAUACAGGGUCCACCUUUUCCUUGACCUGCUGAUUGCUGCUCAGCACUGUUAGCUCUUUAGCUUUUUAGUCUCUCUCCUGGAGCACAGGUGGAGGUGGCAUGGCUGUUCUGGGUACUGUAUUUCAGGCAGUGCGCUGACGACGAGUAGUGGUGGUCAGUGGAGCUGAUAUCCGCUUGUCUUCCCAGAGGUAGACCUCUAGAUGGCGCCAGUGCCUCCAUUUGACUCCUGUUUACAUCUAGAAUCCUCCAUGUUCGCACCAUUAGCUGUCAUUUGGUCCAUCUGAAUCUAUGCUGUAUUGUAUUGCUGGGGCGUGUAUUUAUUCACUCACAAGUGCUAACUCCAUCCCUCCACGGAGUCUGUAGAGCCUUUCCAUUACGACCCUGCUCCAGUGUACCUCUCGUUCGCUAACUACUGGGUAGGACGUGAGAGUAGGUCUUACAAAAAACUGGUAGGAGAGACCUCAGCAUACAGCCUGAGAGACUUGACCACAGGCUGGUUCCUGAACCGGCCACAGUGCUGUUUCCUGUAUAUUGAUGCUGGUGCUUUUCUCUCUCUCUCUCUUUUUUUUUUGUUCUUAAUUUUUCUAUCCUCUAUAUCUAUAACAAAUCAAAUAUGUUUUUUUUUUCCAGUUUUUUUCCAUGACUGUAGGAUAAUCAUCACUACUUUUGUGGUGAGCACAUGUCUCGUUUGUGUUAUUUUUUUGUAUUUUGUUUUCAUGAAAUGAAGGUAUACGGUCAGGAAUGAAGAGAUUAAUAUGGGAUUUGAUGCAUUUAUGAGGGGAAACGGGAAGGAAGCAUGGAGCUUAAAGCAGUUGUAAUGCGAUCCGGUCACAGGAAAGACGCCUCAAGUGCCUGACUGGAUAUAUGUAAUGAUAACAUGCCAUCACCCCACACACAUCUGCUUUCCAUAGGAAUCGCCCCCCCCUACCACACCACCCACCUCCCACACACACACACACACACACACACACCAACACCACCUUCCCUCCCCUCUCCUCAUUUUUGUAGCAUGCAGUGUGUGUUACAUAUGCUGUUGAAAGACAUCGUUGGGGUGGGGUGGUGUAAGAGUGUAUAACAACUAGACAUCCUCCCACGCUGUGAGUCUUAAAGGCUGCUGUGACAACCACAAAUUAGAGACCAACGGGCUUCACAAUGGACAGAUGUUUCCAAUCCUAUCUGCACACAAGCACAGUGCUGUGAGCGUCACUGAGCAUGUGCAUGUGAGAGUAACACAGGCCAUUUUCCAUGUGGAGGAACCCAACCCCCUGUACGUAGCUACAUCUGUCAAUCAGAUCAGUGCUAAUGCAUUGUGGGAAUCGGAGGGUGAGCUGGGAAGGCUAGGGAACAGGCGUCUGCCUCUGAGACUGGGAGGUUAACGAGCGAAUUGGUGUAAACGAGUCUUGAUUAACGGCUUAAUUAGUGGCUAGAGAAAAGGGCAUCUGUUUGGAGCAUCUUAAAGAUACACAAAUCAGCGCUGUCCUCUAAAGACAAAACAAAGCAAAAAUGAAGUAAAUUGGAAGUGGAAAACAUACAAUUAAGCUUGUUUAUGCAAAGGGGCUUUUUGUUUCCUCAAUUUGCUCUGCUGUUGUUAUUUUCCCUUAGCAAAGCGAAGAUGAGAUUGAUGAGAGUAGGAUGCAGUAUUGCUUGUACUGGCAAAUGGAUUGCUCUUUGCCAACAGUUGAAUAUGCACUUUUAAGUCUGCACAGACACGCAGAUGCAAUGCGUAAUGUAUUUGCUGGAAGUCGUAAUGUGAAAACAUGUUUCUAGCCUUUGAUUUAUUAUGACCAAGUGACGUGUUGCGUGCUCUAUAUCGACUUUACAAUCAGCACAGUCUAGCUAUACAUGCACUUCUAUGCAGUGUUGAGAUUUACACUCAUCUCCGUUUAUGGUGUGUGGAAUUUUUUCUACCAGCUGGGGGAAUUUUUGUAGAUCAAUCACAACUCCAUGUUCAGGCUCAGCAGUGUAAAACAAACACGUGUUUCAUGUUUCUGAGUAGGUAAAAUCACUAUGCUGAAAUUACAGUAUGCUGAAGUAUGUUGCUGUUCAUUCGUAAGUGCCCUUAACACACCAUAGGAAUUGAUUUAGCCUUUUUGUGCGCUUUUGCACAUUUUUGAAAUAAUGUCAUAUUGUGUGUAAUCACUCACAUAAAUUUACUGUACAUGUUUUUUUCUAGCUCUGUAUUUUAAAUGUACAUAAGUUGCAGUAGCAAUUUUCAACAGUUAACAAUAAGGGUAAAUAAAUAUUAUUUCAAGA